UCAAUGUCAAACGUGUGUCAAACACAUGCCACUGGUUUGACAUGUAAACACUGCAUAUAGGUUAUAUUUUUAUGAAAUUACACAAAAAUGGGCCGUAAAAUUCCAGCAAAAAAACAUCGUGGCGUGAAGGAUCCUUUGAAACAGCAAGAGCAACGAUUCAAGAGCAUAAAAGACAAAAUAAAUGCUCCACCGACUGAUCCGGAUGAGCAACCCAUACCGAAGUCGCUGCAGCGUCUUUUUGCUUUCAAAGAGCCCCGGACACCCGAUUCUAUUGUGAAGAAAAAGAAGUCACGUUCGAUAGCAGCUCAUGCCAAGCGUGAUGAUAACCCUGUGGCAGCACUUCAGCGAAUGCCUGGUGAGGCGGGACGCGCUUUCUCCAUGCGCAUCAAUAGUGCCGUGCGGGCGCUUCAUAACACAGACCAGGAGGACUACCCUUUAGACCUCGAAGAGACGGACACGAGAGGCGAAUACAUAGCAUCGCAGCGCGAGCGGAGACAGAAAAAGCAUCGUCAGGCCGUCGCCAAGGAGAAGGGGACAGCGGGGCAAAAGGGGGCACAUGGAGAGGAGCGGUUGAGCAAGACGCAGCGACGCGCGCUUAAGAGGAAGGAGCAGCAGAAAGCUAAGGAGGCUGAGACUAAAACAGCGCGCGAACUCGCGGCGCGUGAACUUACUUACGAGCGAGUAGCAUUCGGAGACGUCGCGCACGCGCCGCCCGCGCUGCCCGCGCCGCGCCGCGCGCAGCAACACCAGGGAGCACCCAGGCCUGGCCGCCGCGACCUCCUCCUAGCCGGCAUGCUCAACCCGAGCGCUCAAACUCAACCCAAGCCUCAACCGUCAAAGAAAACCCCAGCGAAACCUCAGAUAAGCGCCGCGGAACAAAUGCGACGCGAGCGAGCGCGCCUCGAAGCCGUGGAUGCAUACAGGGCGCUUAAAAAACAAAAGGCGGCCGAGAAGGCUAAUCGGUGA